UCACAGAUGGCACUCAAACAGAGAUGGGGCUUUGGGGAGGCUGCUAAAGACAAAUAGAAUCUGUCACGCUGAUAUUUCUCACACGAGCAAGAAGAGUGUUGUUGUUUAUGAAUCAAAAGUCAAGCGCGUGAGGCUGUUUUUAGAUUUGAAUGGCACAUUCAAAACCAGCGAGCCACCCAUGAUUCAUUGCGGCAGCAGCCUUGUGUGUACUUCCCUGGAAUUAAAACAUAGAUUACAGAAGCUAGCUGGUUCAGGUUUAUGCUGCACAGCUAGCUACUUUAGCUUUACUCAUAUCGGUGGAUUGUAUAGUUUGGGUGUGUAACUCCAGCUCGCUGCAGUGUCCUCCCCGGUGUUACGGUCAGAGCUAUCUGCUUCCGGCUCUCCUCCUCUCACACUCUCUGCUCUCUGCCUUCCUUGACACACCUUUUGUUGUCUCGUCGAGCUGGAGUCAGCUAACGGCUGCUACCGAGCAUCACCCGCCGCCUGCCCCACAGCGGAGAGCUCAAGUCGCGGGUAAACAGUUGCGCUGAAGCCGGAGGGAGCCGACACGUGACGGCCGACAACACACAAGGAUGAAUGCUGAUGAACGGAACCCAGCUGCAGUGGCUCAGCCGGUAGAAGAUGCACAAGGAGACGGACGCUGGAUGUCACAGCACACACGAUUUGUGUUGGAGUGUAAAGAUGGUGAACCAGAAGUGCUUUUUGUGGGAGAUUCUAUGGUUCAGCUAAUGCAGCAGUAUGAGAUGUGGAGAGAAUUGUUCUCUCCUCUUCAUGCUCUCAACUUUGGCAUUGGAGGAGACACCACCUGCAAUGUGCUGUGGAGGCUACAGAACGGAGAGCUUGAGAACAUCCGUCCCAAGGUGGUGGUGUUGUGGGUAGGAACCAACAAUUACCAACACACAGCAGAGCAAGUUGCAGGAGGAAUUCUUGCUAUUGCGCAACUGCUCACAUCCUGUCUCCCAAAGGCAAAGAUAGUUGUACUGGGUCUGUUGCCACGGGGGGAGUGGCCCAACCCGCUGAGGGUGAAGAACGCUGCUGUUAACGAUUUCUUGCGUUCUUGGCUGCCACGUCUGGGCCAGGCUCAGUUUCUGGACGUGAGCGGGGAUUUUGUUCACUCUGAUGGAACCAUCGUCCCAACGGACAUGUUUGACUUCCUUCACCUGACGCCGACAGGUUACCGCAAAGUGGCCAAGCCCCUCAGUGACCUGCUGCUACAGAUACUGGAGGAGACACCAGAGGAGAGGCGGGCAUCGCUGGUUUGAAGGCCAUUGCCGAGCAGCAACAUUUAUCUAGAGGCAUAUCUCCUCCUACUGCUGUGGGAGAAGGGGGGGGUGUGCCCCUGGUAUCUGGAGGAGGAAGGACCCACUCACAGUGGGGGAGGUAGUACCCUGAUGUGAGUGGGCCCUCGAGGUGGGUGGGAUGACAUCCAUGAGCGGAGUGUUGUUACGGGGAGGUGAUAAGGAGGGAGAGAGACCUCACUACAGACGUAGACACUGUGAUUGCAGUAGUAAGCUCUAAUGCAAAAUGAAAGGUCAGACUUCUCUGAACAAUAGACAGACAUACAGAGACCAUAUGAGACAUCAGUGGCUCACACAGCUCUAUCUUGGCCUGUGGAAAAAAUGAAUGUUUCUCUCUGUCACUUUUUCCACAGAGACACGAUACUAAACAGAGGAACAAUCCAAUUUCUUCCCUUAUGUUUUGUUUGGAGUCCGCAAAACUGUAACUGAGUGGUCUCGAUAUUAAAGAAAUACAGCACGCAACAAACAGUAGAAAGAACCUAAUCCAACAUUGUAUAAUGUUAUGAGUCUGACCAGUUUACUACAGAGCAGAGGUUCCCAACCUGGUGGUCAGGGCGUCCUUAGAGGUGUCAAGAAAAAUCUUGAGGUUUUUUAUUUUUUCAGAUAUGUCUAUUUUUUUGACCUUUUUAAAUCAUGAAAAAGGGGAUAUGUUCACUGCGUCAGGCGUCUAAAAAUCCAAAUUCAAUUGGAGAGGUUAAAAUCACUUUAGAUGGUCCACAAGUGAAUGGUUGGGAACCAAAACAGCAUAUAAAAGAGUGUAUACAAAUUUAGUUUUGUCAGUCCAGUUCUUCAUGUACUAUUUCAUGUAAAACCAGAUAAGGAGCACCAAGUCUUUAAAAUGGUCACUUUUUAACUGAUGUAACUAUUUUAUCGUCUUGACAAAUUGUUGAUCAAUGUAAAAUAGAAGAUAUUUGGAGAGACCACACACACAGAUCACUACUUCAUCUCAUGUGACUUAAAACCACAGCAGAACUAAAUGUUCACGUCAAACCUGGCGUUCACUGCAUGCAUGUUUUAAGGUGAGCCUCAGCUUCUGUGUUGAAAGUGGGCCGACGCUUCUGUAUGUUAUAUCCAAUGUGCUUUAAUUAUUUAUGUACAUUAAUUGAGUAAAUGUCAGCCAAAAUCAUGUAUUCAUACAUAUCCAUUAGUGAUGUUACACUGUUGUAUCUGCAUGGGUCUUCCAAACAACACUAAUCCUGUCGCUUACCUGCAAAGCUUCUAUUAGUAGAUUUACAUUUCACUAUUUUUGUCCCAAAAAAUCUGUGACAUUUUUGAGUAGGAAAAUAUCAUAAUUUCAGGCCGUGAUAUUCUCAUGCUCCAGUCCAACAGUUAACUUGAUUUUCAUUUUAACAACAGAGAAAAUAAUUCUGAGACAAGCAGGUGGCUGACACGUCAUCUUUACAUCACUAUUCACAACACAAGCUAUCCCUCGUGAAUACAGUUUGAUGUGUGACAUUCAUCUGUAUCUCACCCUAAUAUGUCCAAAUGUCCAUAGUCCAACCCUCACACCCGCUCUCUCUCCCUCUUAACAUGAAUAUACAGUAUUUUUAUCGUUGAAGCUCCUCUUGAUUCUGUUUCUCACCCUCUCUUUAUUUCAGACACUGUUCUCAUAGUGAGUCCAGCCCUGCCACCUCACAUCUCCACAUUGUGUAGCUAUUGAAUUGUUUUAGGGAGACAAAGUAGGCUCUGAACACAGCUAUAGUGAAUAUUGUCACGCUAAAGAGAAAUCACAGGUCAUGUAAAUAAAGGUAUUCGUCUGUGAGCUUAACACCGUAGCUGUUCCUCCAUGGCUUCGGUUCUGUUGCCAGCGUCAAAUGAUACUGUUGUCUUAAGCUCCGCACAUUCACAUGCUGUGUUGAAUAUAAAUGGUGUAUGUGUGUGCCUUAUGUGUUGAUGGGGACAGUUGUGUGGACAGUAUGUGUGCUCCUGGAUUGUGUACGUUGGAUGUGCGAGUGUUUAGAAGUGACCCCACCGCCCACGGUUGUACAUAAGAGGUGAGGCUUGAGAGUGAUGUGUGAAGAGGGUUCAGAUUGUGGGAGUCUUUUUUUGGUGCAAUACACUCUUUGCACUGUUUUGACUUGCUGUCACAUUAUUGCGUUAAAGCAUUCCAAUAAAAAAAAAUCCUGAAUCUAA